AUGACUGGUCGUGAGCCAUCGUCACCGACCGGCUCUUACGCCACGGUCGGGUCAUCAUCCGUUUCCCGACAGCCGGCCACGCCAACGACGGCCGCGCGGCAGCCUCAGGAAUACACCCCGGAGCAGUUCACACAACCCUUUUGUGACUUUAUGACACAGAACCCUACCCCAUUCCAUGUCGUAGACUACUGCAAGACCAAGCUCCGCGAUGCCGACUUCCACGAGCUGCCCUCGCGGGAAUCCUGGGCCGACAAGAUCCAUCCCGGCGGCAAGUACUUCACGUCUCGCAACGGCAGCGCCCUCAUUGCCUUUUCCGUCGGCCGCGCCUACAAGCCGGGCAACGGCGUGGCCAUGAUUGCCGGCCACAUUGACGCCAACACGGCCAAGCUCAAGCCCGUGGGCGCCAAGCCCGUCAACGAGGCCGGCUGCAUCCAGCUGGGCGUCGCGCCGUAUGCCUCGGGUCUCAACCCGACGUGGUGGGACCGCGACCUAGGCAUCGCCGGGCGCGUCGUAGUGCGCGACCCGGACACGGGCGGCGGCAAGACGACCACGCGGCUCGUCAAGCUCGGGUGGCCGGUCGCCAAGGUCGCCACCGUGGCCGCGCACCUGUCUAACCCGGCCUUCUUCGGCGACGGCAACCAGGAGACGCGGAUGGCGCCCAUUAUCGGCCUCGCCGGCGCGUACUCGGCGGCGGAGCGGCGGCCGCUGGGCCGGCCCGGCGACUUUGUGCACGGCCAGCCAGCAGAGCUGGUGCAGCUCGUGGCCGGCGAGCUCGGCAUCUCGUACACGCAGAUUGCAAACUGGGACCUGGAGCUGUUUGACUUUCAGCCCGCGCAGGUCUUUGGCAUGCGCAAGGAGCUCAUCACCGCGGGCCGCCUCGACGACAAGCUGUGCUCGUGGGCGGCCGUGAUGGGCCUGCUGACGGCGCGGCACGACGGCGAUGACGACGGCCACGUCCAGCUCGUCAGCCUGUUUGACGACGAAGAGAUCGGGGGCAAGCUGCGCCAGGGCCACGGCAGCACGUUCCUCCCGACGACGGUCGAGCGCAUGGUGGAAGCGCUCGCCCGGUCCGCCAAGACGCCGCCGCCGUCGUACGGGCCGGGGAUCCUGGGGCAGACGUACGCGCGGUCGUUUUUGAUUGCCAGCGACGUCUCGCACGCGGGCCACCCAAACUUCCUGGACAAGUACAUGGAGGGCCACGUGCCGACGCUCAACACGGGCCUCGCCAUCAAGCACGAUCCCAACGGCGGCUUCAGCACCGACGCCGUCUCGGCCGCGGUGCUCAUGCGCGUCGCGGAGCUGAUUGGCGCCACGGUGCAGCCGUACCAGGCGCGCAACGAUGUGCGUGCCGGUGGCAGCAUCGGACCUGUGCUGUCCAGCAUGAUGGGGUGUCGGGCGACGGACGCGGGCAUUGUGCAGCUGAGCAUGCACUCGGUGCGGGCGACAACGGGUGCGCUGGAUCCUGGUCUGGGGGCAUUGUUUUAUAAAGGAUUCUUGGAGAAUUGGGGAAAGAUAGACGGUGAGUAUGCACCGUAG